UUGCAAUGAAAACAGGAAGAAAGACACCAUGAGGAAAUAUUGUCCCAAAAUGAAUCAUAGAGCGAUGGAGGGAUAUUGUGCGGUGGAAUGAGCCGCGAACACAGCGCAUCAGCCAACAGCCGAUGGAAGAGAUCGAGGCGUUGGCUUUUCAGAGAGAGUGAGAGAGAGAGUGAGUGAGUGAGUGUUCCAUGAGCUGAAUUCUGUGUUGGUCAUCUCAUAUGAUGGAACGGGCGAUGGAGCAUUUUAAUGUACAGCUGAAUCGAUUGACGCGCUCCCUGCGCCGCGCGAGGACCGUGGAACUCCCCGAAGAUAGUGAAACAGCUGUGUACACCCUCAUGCCCAUGGUCAUGGCUGACCAGCACAGGUCAGUUUCUGAAUUGCUUUUAAACUCAAAGUUUGAUGUCAACUACGCCUUCGGACGUGUUAAAAGAAGCCUUCUACACAUUGCUGCCAAUUGUGGGUCGGUAGAGUGUCUUGUCCUGCUGUUAAAGCGUGGAGCGAAUCCAAACUAUCAGGAUAUAUCCGGCUGCACACCUCUGCAUCUGGCUGCAAGAAACGGACAGAAGAAGUGUAUGGGCAGACUGUUAGAGUUCAAUGCUGAUGUUAAUAUCUGCAAUAAUGAAGGUCUCACUGCUAUUCAUUGGCUGGCAGUGAAUGGAAGGACUGAGCUUCUUCAUGAUCUGGUGCAGCAUGUGUCUAAUGUGGACGUGGAGGACGCCAUGGGCCAGACAGCCUUGCAUGUGGCCUGCCAGAAUGGACACAAGACUACAGUGCAGUGUCUUCUGGACAGUGGAGCGGACAUCAACAGGCCCAAUGUGUCUGGAGCGACUCCACUCUAUUUCGCCUGCAGUCACGGUCAGAGGGACACAGCUCAGAUACUGCUGUUCAGGGGAGCCAAGUAUCUGCCAGACAAGAACGGGGUCACGCCGCUGGACCUGUGUGUGCAGGGUGGUUAUGGCGAAACGUGUGAAAUCCUCAUCCAGCACCACGGCAGACUGUUUCAGACACUGAUACAGAUGACCCAGAACGAUGACAUUAAAGAAAACAUGCUAAGGCAGGUUCUAGAACAUGUUUCACAGCAGAGUGACUCCAACUACCAAAGGAUCCUGACCAGUUUGGCGGAGGUGGCCACCACAAAUGGACACAAACUGCUGAGUUUGUCCAGUAACUUUGAGGUCCAAACAAAGAGUUUACUCCGGAUUAUCCGGAUCUUCUGUCAUGUGUUCUGCCUUGGACCGUCCUCCCCAAACAACGGGACUGAUAUGUGCUACAAUGGAAACAAGACGCCCCGUAGCCAGGUGUUCAAGCCUCUGGAGCUGUUAUGGCACUCUCUUGAUGAAUGGCUGGUUCUCAUCUCCACUGAGCUGGAGAAGGAGUGCACAGACACAACAACCUCAUCCUCAGGAAAUGAUAUUGCGUCACUUUUCCUGAAAAAGCAGGAGGGCGACCCCUCUGUAUCCAGUGAAAAUGCCCCUCUGUUGCUGGACGCCAAGUCAGUGAUGAAGACGCCAGAGGGUUGUGCCGACGGUCAGGAUGUCAUCUCUAUGAUAGCCAAUCGCCUGAGCGCCGUAAUCCAGGCCUUCUACAUGUGUUGUUCCUGUCAGAUGCCACAUGGCAUGACCUCGCCUCGAUUCAUCGAGUUUGUCUGUAAACAUGAUGAAGUGCUCAAGUGUUUCGUGACAAGGAAUCCCAAAAUCAUCUUCAACCACUUCCACUUCCUGCUGGAAUGUCCUGAACUCAUGUCUCGCUUCAUGCAUAUCAUCAAAGGCCAGCCAUUUAAAGACAGGUGUGAGUGGUUUUAUGAACAUCUUCUGGCCGGACAGCCAGACUCAGACAUGGUUCACCGGCCAGUUAAUGAAAAUGAUAUUCUUCUUGUUCACAGAGACUCAAUAUUCCGAAGCAGCUGUGAGGUUGUAUCUAAGUCGUCCAAUGAGAAACUCAAACAAGGCAUCGCUGUGCGGUUCCACGGAGAAGAGGGAAUGGGUCAGGGGGUGGUCAGAGAGUGGUUUGACAUUCUGUCCAAUGAGAUCAUCAACCCAGACUAUGCGCUGUUUACACAAUCUGCUGAUGGUACCACAUUUCAACCCAACAGCAAUUCCUCUGUAAAUCCAGACCAUCUGAACUACUUCCGGUUUGCUGGUCAAAUCUUGGGUCUGGCCCUCUAUCAUCGGCAGCUGGUGAACAUCUACUUCACACGCUCCUUUUACAAGCACAUACUGGGCAUCCCGGUGAGCUAUCAGGAUGUGUCGUCCAUUGACCCAGAGUAUGCUAAAAAUCUUCAGUGGAUCCUGGACAAUGACAUCAGUGACCUUGGCCUUGAGCUCACCUUUUCCGUGGAGACGGAUGUGUUUGGGACCAUGGAAGAAGUCCCUCUCAAACCAGGAGGAACUGCCAUCCAGGUCACCCAAGACAACAAGGCAGAGUAUGUGCAGCUGGUGACGGAGCUCAGGAUGACCCGAGCGAUUCAGCCGCAGAUCAAUGCCUUCCUUCAGGGCUUUCACACUUUCAUCCUCCCCUCGCUCAUCCAGCUCUUUGAUGAAUAUGAGCUGGAGCUGCUGUUGUCGGGCAUGCCUGAAAUUGAUGUGAUGGACUGGAAGAGGAACACAGAGUACACUAGUGGCUAUGACCUGCAGGAGCCUGUCAUACAGUGGUUUUGGGAAGUGGUUGAAAAUCUCACUCAAGAAGAAAGAGUCCUUCUCUUACAGUUUGUUACAGGAAGUUCAAGAGUCCCUCACGGAGGAUUUGCUUUCCUUAUGGGUGGCAGUGGUCUGCAGAAGUUUACUAUUGCCGCUGUGCCCUACACAUCAAACCUACUGCCUACCUCGAGUACAUGCAUUAACAUGCUGAAACUCCCAGAAUACCCCAGCAAGGACGUCCUGCGUGAUCGUUUGCUGGUUGCACUGCAUUGUGGGAGUUACGGAUACACCAUGGCAUGACGCAGGCUUUUGCGUUUGCUGAAACUUCUGCUCUAUGGACACACAACGCACACAUGACUGAGUUCAGGGAUUCUUCAAUGCUACAAUUCAAAAGCCUUUAAAUUUAAAAUCUUUGACAAGGACAUCAGUGGAUAAUGACAGGAAUUAAUGACACUCCAGGCACUGAGGCUGUUUUGCAUGUAUGAAACGGAUGUCCAGGUCACAUUUCACCAUAAAUUCAAAAUAAGAAACUAUAUUUUGCAUAAAGAAAAUUCAGCCUUUUUAGGGCCUUUACGUUUUUUUUAUAUAUAUAUAUUCCCAUUGCUGUAAUAGCCAUUUUUCUGUAUUACAUCAAACAUCAUUACCAUUAUACUUUUUUAUUAUUAAAAUCAGCAUAUAUUACCAAGAUGUAUAAAUACUUGACUUUUUGUUUUCCACAAAAUCUAAUUUGUCAUAAAAAUAGGCUAUGCAUUUUUUUUUUUUUUUUAAUGUUUUUGGUGAAAUAUGACCCAGAGAUGUUCUUGACAGGUUUCAUGAGAUUCACUCUUGUGUUACAUGCAAAAGUCAGUUUCUUUUACAUUGAUAACUAUAUUCCAGGCUGUAUUAUUUCAGUUAUUUGAUGCUGUUCGACUCGCACCAUGCUUCAGUUGCAUGUGUGGAUGCAUGUGACAAUUAAACAUUUAUAGCUGAUGAAGUCAGCACAUUACUGAAAAUUGUGAUUUUGAGAAAAACAUUUUUUUUUUUCUUCUCUCUGUUGCAUUGUUGUAUUGGUCUCUUGUGGCACACUUUCAGUUAGUGUUCUAGACAGUUUUUUACUCUCUCAUGAUUAUUGUGCCAUAUAUAUAUUUUUAUGUACUCAAAUGUAUUUGGUUAUAUAUGGGGUUGUCAGCAUAGUCCAAAAAUUCUUAAUUUUAUUUGUAUGUCUAAAUAGUUUCUGUGCAUUUAAGUUAUUAUAUGAAAGUAUCAAAUAAUGUGUUAGGUGUGCCAAAUAUUCUCACCAACAAAUCAUAUAGUUUUCUUCUUGUAAAGCAAGGACAUGUCAAGAAAUGAUUUUGAAAAAGGGAAGUCAAGUCAUUUUAGGAAUGUACAAUAUCUUUACUAUUGGUUGUGAAUUAAAGUGAAAAUGUAGAUAUAUAAAUCUAUUUAUUCUAAUUUAUCAUUAUGAUUUGGGAUUUAAAUUUGUUUUUGUACUUGUAAAAACAGAAUAUACUGCACAUCUUUUGGAUAUUACAGGUGGCCAUCAAAAAUAUUAAAGUAUGGAUUUUAUUACAAAUGAA